AUGGGCUCUGACACGGAUGGGUCUACUUCUAUGAAAUUAGAGCAAGCCUCAGGAGGUGUGAAGGGCGAGCCGGAGAAUCGCCAAUUAACGUGGGCCGAGUUCGAGCACAACGACACCCUCUUCGGACCUGUCAUAAUCCGUAGUCACUAUAUCGCUGGGACGAGAUAUUUGGAUAAGGGAUUUCGACCAAUUGUUGAGCUUCAGACCACGGCGGCUGGUUCGGACGUAAGGGCAUUUUUGACUGAGCUUAUUGGCACGGACCUGGAAGCUGAAAGUGAACAUAUGACCGUGGAGAAGGUCUUCAUUCAUGACUUUGUGCGUAACGCCAACUCUGGAUGGACGGCUGAGCAGGUGAUCCACGAAGAGACAAAUGAGAUGGCUAAAAGGGAAGACAAAACGGGCAAGAAAGGUAUUCAACAGCUGCCGCAUGGUAUUCAUGGAAGUGGACUCGAUCAUUAUCGCUUGAUCGAAGUCGCUAAAGAUGAGGACUUGCACGAGCUCAUGCAAGUCUUAUGGACAUGCUUCGAAAACCCACCUCAAGGGAUCCUACGCGUCUUCUUCCCUAUUCUCAACGCCGACCGAGAAGCCAGUCUGCUCGCGGCUAGUGAUGGUCAACGAGACGAAUACAAAGAAGCGUAUCCCGAACUGAUCUGGCUCAAGGUGGUAGACGAGCAGACGGGUAAGAUCAUUGCAGGCGCAAAAUGGUACUUUUAUCAACGCAAUCCAUUUGCCGCAGGUCCCGGGGAUACCGACGGUCAUGAUCCGCUGAGUGAAGAGGCCGUCUGGUAUCCUGAAGGAGUUGGAAGGCAAUUCGCUACGUUGGUGAUGCAUGCUUUCGAAAAGCCGAGGGUUGUGAUGGGUCAAAGACCUCACUCAUACCUCAACAUUAUAUUCACCCUGCCUGACUACCAGCGUCAAGGAAUCGGACGAGCAAUGCUUACAUGGGGCCUUGCAAAAGCUGACGAACUCGGCCUUGAGUCAUGGCUUGAUGCCUCCGUCUUUGGAUUCCCAUUAUACCAAAGCCUCGGUUUCCUGACAUAUGGAUCCAACAACAUUAGCGUCGGAAUGCCCGAAGAUUACACUGAGCAACAGCAGACUGAAUGGGAACACUACAAGAAGAUAAUGUUGCCCGUUGAGCAUGCUGUGAUGUGGCGGCCAGCAGGAGCGAACGGAUAUGGCGAACAUCUCGGAACCUUGAGUGAUGACCAGAUAACGGCUGUCAUGAAGAGUCAGUAUGCUGCUGACAUGCUUAGCAUUGCCAGUCUUGCAAGUUCAAAGAUAUCCUACGUUAUGUUCGUCCGGAGUAUCACCGUGGUUGCGCUGGAUCGCAGAAUUGCAUUAGUUUUCAUCGUCAUUUUGUCGAUAUGGGGACUUGUGUCUGUCAUAACAGUUGCCUUUCAGUGCCAACCCUUGCCGACGUGGGAUUAUCUGACAGGUAAAUGCUAUGAUCGGACGAGGCUGGAAAGGAAGUUGAAAAUUGCUUUUGUAUUCGGCCUACGAGUAUUUGUUGUGGCCGCCGCGAUUGCUCAGAUGGUCGUCCUGAACAAAACCUUCGACGACCCUGAUGUUACCUACGCAACUUGGUCAGUCUCGGUCACAAACCAGCUCAUCUUGUGUUCUAGCAUCAUGACCGCCUGCUCGGCACAAUUGAAACCUUUCCUCGAUAGCUUGCGAUCAAGCGGUAUGCGUCUUGACGCGAUCACUGGAAGCUAUCAGUAUAAGUCACAAAGAUAUCACGGCUACGGUUCACAUCGCAACCGAUCCACAAACCACAGCUCUAAUAUUGCGUCGCAACAACACUCGAUCAAUCUGCGCAGUCUCACUGGAAGACUUGCGCACCCAGGGAAUGAGCUAGGAGUAAGCAGCGAAGCUUCCGUCUCUGCAUCGAGGCCCGCACCAGACKGGGACGAGGUCAGUGCGACAAGCCAGUCCCAAAUUAUUCGAGAAGUGAGGACGUUUACAGUCACUGAAGAGCGUCGUCGCUCAUCUGACGCCGAUGAGAUUCUAUAA